UAUUACUCAGAGGAACUUACAAGGAAAAUAUUCGGCGAACUUAUAUUUCUUUCAGUGCUAAAUAUUUUUCUGUCUGUUACCACAUUUCUGGGGAACACUCUGAUCCUUGCUGCUCUACCCAAAGAAACUUCACUUUAUCCGCCGUCCAAACUCCUGUUUCGCAACUUAGCGAUAACUGAUCUCUGUGUUGGUAUCAUUGCGGAGCCUCUGUUGGUUGCUUAUUUGAUGUCUUUGUUAAAACAAAGAUGGGAUAUUUGCUACGAACUAGACUACGCAGGUUUAGCCAUUGGCGCCAUUUUGUGUUCAGUGUCUUUGUUCACAUUGACUGCAAUAAGCGUGGACAGACUUCUCGCCCUGUGGUUGGGCCUCAGAUACAGACGAGUUGCGACUUAUAUUGCGUAUAUAAGUGUAAUUGUUAUGUGGGGUUUGUCCGUUGUUGCUGGUGCAGCAAUCUACUCUUUGGACACUGUUAUACUCGACUGGUCAAUGUUUAUAACAAUAUCUCUAUGUGUAGUCAUCUCAAGCCUGUGUUACACUAAAAUUUUCGUUGUACUACGACGAAGAAAAGUACGUCUCGAAGAUAGCGCUUUUCAAGGACCAACUGAAGUUAUAAAGGUUCCACUGAACCUAGCUCGAUACAGAAAGGCAGUGUACAGUGCAUUAUGAGUGCAGGUAACAUUGGUUGUUUGUUAUCUGCCGUUUGGAAUUGCGACAACUAUACCAGAGAUUUCUUUGUCGGUUUACCUCAUGACGCUCACUUUACUUCUACUAAACUCAUCAUUAAACCCACUACUUUAUUGCUGGAAGAUCAGAGCAGUAAGGCAAGCUAUUAAAGACACAAUCAGACAACUUUUCUCUUCAUCAAGUUAGUUCAAUAUUAAUAUACUUAACUGAUUUCAGUUUGUUUCUAAAUCAUCAGUCGGGAAGAAAAGCUAGCUAGAAUUUUCUUCCUAAUAAGAUAUUAUAAGCGCGAUCACUGAUAUUGGUCAGAUUUUGAUUUCAGUUGAAGUUAGCACAAUCGAAUAACACACCAAUCCUCUGAUAACACAUCAAACCGUUGCUAUAGUAACAGAGAAUAUGUAAUUUGAUGACUGCUUAAUUUUCCAGCGCAAAUCAGGGUUUUUGUCAUCACGAUGAUCUGACAAACACAAAUAGUAAGAAAUAAUUUGCUUAUCUCACGUACGGUACAAUGAAAAACUAUUCAACGCUAAUGUCUGGCUACAAACUUUGCCUGUUUACUCUAAGGAAAUUGAACCAUUUUUACGCAAUACAGCUGAACCUCCAUUAAGCGGCGACCCUCGGAGUACAGCCAAGUGGUAGUAUCACGUGGCAUUAUCGUUUCUUGUAGGUCUUUGUACUGUAUAUCGAUUGACUAGCACUCAGAGAAUAUUAUGUUAAUUUUCUGGGUGGGGAAAGGGUAGAACAGCCCGUCAAACCGUUUCCAUAGUUUUUUGAUAAGUGCUUAAAUUAUGUGUCAUUACGAUGAUUCUAACUAAAAAUAUUCCCAAAGGAAAUUGUUCAUGUCAUCACGUAUGAUACGAUGAAGAACCAUUAAACACUUCUUUUCUUCAAACUUUGUUCGUUUACUCUAAGAAAUUCUCCCAUGCUCAUGAUCAGUAAUUUAACAUUAUCUGCACUUAAUCACGUGAUCACCUGCAUUGAUUAACCAAAUUUUGAAGCAUAUUUUGUAGAACUAAUAACGGUAUUAAAAGUACGUGAUGGGUAAUCGUUGUAAGAUGGAGGAAAACCUUAAUAUAACUGUAUUGCUUGUAAAACAAUUAGAGAGCAUCAGGAGCCCAUCAAAUUUGAAUGGCUCCUGAGAGAAUACAAGGGGAAAGGUAGCGAUCGUGCCAGGCUCGAGCAAGGGUCAUGGGAUUUGAUCGCAGACUGGGCCAGGAAAGCCAAUUUCAAAUACUUACUAAAUUAUACACUGUUCAAGUUUAUUUAUAAGCACCUUGAAAGGUUUCCAAAUAUAUAGAGAGUCUUAGGGUCGCUGGGGACACCUUGGGCUUAUUGUGAUGCUUUAAUUUGUGAUGCAUUGAUUUAAAACAGUGUACACGAAGUACAACGACUGAUAUAGACAGGUUUACGAGAUAUUCAUAACUGGAUAAAAUAUGAGCGCAUAAUUUAUGCACGUGUGGCACCGAGACUGUGAACAAAAUGUUUACAGCUAUUUCAAGAAAGGUUGUCGGGUAAAGUGCUUGAGACUAUACCGAAAGGUAUUGUGGGUAGUUUUGAGUUCAUUGUUCCUUCAAAGAAAUUUGAAAGAAUGGCACGAGAGGCCAUGGACGUAUGUUUGCGAGUGCUAAAGGAAAGCAGCAAAAGAAGCUUCGACAGCUAUUUUAUAGUGUCAGAUGCCAUAUUACCUUUUGGGAUUGUCGCGUGCACACUUUUUUUUCGACAAUCUUCCUCUAAAUAGCUGUAUUCAAAAAGUAACAAACCGCGGGCUUUGAUUGGUAGUAAACCUUGUUUUCCAGCCAUGAUUUUUAAAUCAAUAAAAGAUAAGAGGCUCUUUAGAAAUUUCAACCAAAUUUGAUACCAAAACUCUCGUACGUUCUUUUCUUCCGAAAAAUCUUUGAAAACAUUGCAGCUUUUUCACAAAAUUUAAGCGUAGAAUGAAAUUAACCAUAAUUACGUAUCUUGCUCGGAACUCGUAUCAAGUUAGUCGGGACGCGUUCGGGAGACUCAUAAUUUGACUUCCGACAAUUUUGAAACUUUCAGCGCAGGUACAAGACAUCACGAGCUGGCACUGUAGAGAGGUAAACUUGGUAGACUGUAGUCUGUCAUGAAUAGAGCGCAAUUCUAAAAAGUAUGAGGCGUUAAUUUCAGAGAUGACAGAUUUUGCUCAUUUAAACGAUUAUAUCUUGCUGGCAAUUAACUUUAAAUUGUGAAAUCCGCCUUAUACAUGACACACUAGAGGUUUUGACCGAUCAUUUAUUCAAAAUCACAGAAUGCUGUCUUCCAUUAUUUCCACAAAGUUGGACACAAGAUCACGAUGUCCUUUUUUGGUAAAACAGUGUGGCUUAAAGCAUUCCCCUAAAGCGCCAUCUACCAAAUAAAAAAUAAUUCGCCUAAACUUCCAUCAUCAUACAAUGUCUGUGUAAAAUUUUAUCAAAAUAGCCUCUAAAACAGCCGAGAAAUAAAGCUUUUAAAAAAAUGUAGCACAAACAAAAUUUUGCCUUUUGAAUUUAUUCGAUCAUAGCUAAUAGAACCGUCCCCCGCGGCCCUUCAUAGCUGUCAACUUUGCAUGACGGACAUGAAGAUUAUUAUGUUAUAAAAAUUUGCAUGCAGAUCUUUUUCUUACUCGCCCGAUGGCCCAGGCUUUACAUGUUACAGUUAAAGUUACCGACUUUCUACGAAAGUUUCAAAGUACUUAAUUUGUAACAAAACUUCUCGGUUUUCUCUGCUAUAUCAAUUAAUUUUCUUUGGAAGGUAGUAGCCCGGUCCCUAGAGUAAAUGAGCUAAAGGAAAAAAUAAAAGAAAAAUUUAGAUAAAUCUUGUAUAAUUAUGUAAUUUUGUAAGAAUGACCAGAAGACGAUUUAAUAGUCACUUAUCACAUCACGAAGGAAACUAUAGCCGGAAAGAACCCAUCGAAACUCAGGAUUAUUAGUCUUGUCAUCAAUAUUGACAUCCAUUCUUUGAUGAUUAGUACCAUCUGUUGCUUUCCUGAGAAGAAUACUAAAAAUUAAAAUUAACCUGCGUUGUUGGAUAAUUAGUAUCUUAUAACUAUAUGAAAGAAGCUAUGUUCGUGAGAAGAAUGUAAUUGCAAUGUUUAUUAUCCCCUGUGUCUAUUAAUCAAAAUUCACCGGACAUAUUAAAUAAUGUACAAUGCCGAAUUCGUUCGACUACGAACAGAUGAAUCAUGAUGAUUGGUAAUUAAGUUGACCUUUUUUGAUAAACACAAUAUCCGCGGUAAUAAUUCAAAUUAAAUUUGAAUAACCUUCAAGAAGAAAUAAAGUUUAUCGCCAGACUUAUGGUCCAAGGUCGCAUUGCAGAAUAAGGAUGGCAAUGGAAAAAAAUUUUACCGGAGAGGAAAGUCGGAAAACAGUUGGAGAACUGUACUGCUCAGAAAAACUUAAGGAGGAAAGACUCGGUGAGCUUAUAUUUGUUUCAGUGCUAAAUAUUUUUCUGUCUAUAACUGCAUUUCUGGGGAACACUCUAAUUCUAGUUGCCCUGCACAAGAGGACUUCACUCAAUAAGCCGUCCAAACUCCUGUUACGUAACCUAGCGGUAACUGAUUUAUGUGUUGGUAUCAUUGCGGAGCCUCUGUUUGUUGCUUAUUUGAUGUCCGUCGUAACAGAGAGAUGGGACAUUUGCUAUUACAUAAAUGACGCAAGUCAAAUCACUGGCACCAUUUUGUGUUCAGUGUCUUUGUUCACAUCGACUGCCAUAAGUGUGGACAGGCUUCUUGCCCUUAUAUUGGGGCUCAGAUACAGACAUAUUGUAACUAUGAGAAAAGCACAUGUAAGUGUAUUUUUUAUGUGGGUUUUCUCAGCUCUC